AUGUCACGAAAAACAAAAUCUAUAUCACAGCAAUCAUCGACAAUGUUGGCAGCGGCUACUCGUCGAGGUACAAUGCCGAGCACUCAUUAUAGAAAUACAAUAAUAUUAACAACACCAACAACUAGUAAAAAUUCCUUAACAUUUGAAAGUGUUGUAUGCUCGCAAUUAGAAUUAAAACGACGUGCAGAAUCUUUCUCGCGUCGUCGAAGCACAAUGUGCCGACGAUCAUCAAUACAUUAUCCAACAGGAACAUCAUCAAAUCGGCGUAUAACAUCCACAUGUGUAGUAUCUAACUCUCAAGUAAAUGAUCAAACAUCACUAUCUACAACAUCAGAUAUCACGGCACAGUUUUUGAAUACAAAAAUUUUCAACAGUGAACGUAAACUUAGUCAAGCAUUAUCAUUUAAUUCCAAUAGUCCUGCUUCCUUAGAGAGAUUAGGUGAACGACAAUCUAUUGUCUCUAUGUUGUAUUGGGAUCCGUCGUCAAGAAGUACUGAAAUUAAAAAAAAGUCAUCACGAGCAUCGAAAUGGAGCAUUGAUUUCCAAAAAGAAACGCCUCAUUAUGGUAGUUUACGUUCUCGUUUAAUUGAAGAAUAUACUGAUUGUGAAUCAUUAAUGGAGUUUGUUAAAAAAACUAUACUUGUACUUAUGAAAACUAAAGCAGCAGCGAUUUUUCUUGGCAUUCUUCUUAUUCUGCCUAUUAUAAUGAUGGGGAUUGGUGUUAGUCAUUUAAGUGAUUGUCCUCGUCAACCAAACUUACCAAUUUAUGUAUUUGUUGCCGGUAUUGUAUGGACAACGAAACUUCUUCAAAAUAUUUGGCAUAAAUAUCGUUUACAACAAAAAGUCUUGAAUGAUGAAGAACCAUCGCCUGAUCAUCAUGAUGAACAUGCAUUCAUUGAUGGUUUGAUGACAUCGUUUCUUAUAAUAUGGUUUUUUUUAGGUCAUUAUUGGUUAAUAACUAUUGGAUACCCACCACAUUUUGAACAAUUGCUAGAAAAUCCUGAUAUAUGGUGUCACAAAGCUGUUGUUUUAUGUGCAUUGGCAUCUAUACUUAUAACGUAUAUUAUAUUAUUUACUUUUAUUAAUCUUGUUAUAUUUCUCGUACUUGUUACUCGUUAUACAGUUAUUCAACGAGCUUCAACAGAUCAAAUGUAG